CAAAUACUAACAGCGAGAUCUGCGUGUGAGAUAUCCGCGGGGCAGAGAGAAGAGGGAAAGAAGUUGGAUGCGCAUCGUCUUGUGCGGUGUGCGCAGCGCUGACAUCCAGGCCGGCGUGCUGACGGCGUGCUGCCGGAGGAGGAGGAAGAGGAGGAGGACGAAGGGGACCCUGCACCGGGGAUACUGUAGGCAUCACACUUUCACCGAAGGGGAUUGGAGAGUUGGAUGCGCGAUGCGGGCUUCUGUGUAGGAGGAGAGUCCCGCUGCGCCGCGGACCCGAUUAGCGGGAUUCACAGCUGUGCUCGUGCAGAUGUGACAUUGUGCAGGUGUACAAGCAGCUCAGCGUGUCCGUCGCCAACUCACAGAGAGGAGGUGCAUGAGUGGGAUUGACCAGAGGCGCCUGCAGUGAGGUGGAGACAACUUUGAAUUAUCAGCCUUUUUUUUUCUCCUCUUUUUAUUUGGGCUAACAUCUGUACAGAUGUUGCUCUUUAGAAAAGCGCAGGUUGUACCCGUGCACACACACACACAUUUGGGUGCUGCAUCGUGUGCUGGGAUGCUGUCAGUUUAUUGCAUGCGAGAAGCUCUGUCACGAGCAGCUGUCUCCUCAGAGAUGUUUGCCAUUUAGUUUCCACACUGAAAACAGCAACGAGAAGCAGCUGUUUGUUCGUUUAGACCUCUUUAAUUGUACAGAUUCCAAAGUCCUCCGGGGGGCAAAUUUGUGAUUUUUGGUUGCAGGAAAACAAAUGUAAUAAACGCCGCUCUGAUAAGAAGCCGCCAGUGAAGAUUGCAGUUCCUGUGCUUUUGGACGUGUUGUUUCAGGAAUGGGCGAUGGAAUGUGCUGCAGCUCCGCAAUGAGACGUCUGUGGGUCUGCGUCCUGCUUGUGAGCAUCGCCUGCCGUCUGAGCCUCGCCCAGGAUGUAGCCGGAACCCCCAAAGAGGCCGAACUGAACGACAACAUCACCAUCUUCACGCGCAUCCUGGACGGCCUGCUGGACGGGUAUGACAACCGACUGCGGCCUGGACUGGGAGAGAAGGUGACAGAGAUCAAAACCAACAUCUUUGUCACAAGCUUUGGUCCGGUCUCUGACACUGAAAUGGAAUACACUAUCGACGUGUUCUUCCGUCAGAGCUGGAAAGAUGAAAGGCUUUGCUUUAAAGGCCCGAUGGAGAUGCUUCCUCUGAAUAACCUCCUGGCCAGUAACAUCUGGACUCCGGACACCUUCUUCCUCAACGGCAAGAAAUCCAUCGCCCACAAUAUGACAACACCGAACAAGCUGCUGCGCCUGAAAGACGACGGGACGCUGCUCUACACCAUGAGACUGACAAUCUCGGCAGAGUGUCCCAUGCAGCUGGAGGACUUCCCAAUGGACGCUCACGCUUGUCCCCUGAAAUUUGGAAGCUAUGCGUAUCCCGUCUCAGAGGUGGUCUACAUGUGGUCUGGGGAACAAGCCAAGUCCGUGGUGGUGGCAGAGGAAGGCUCCCGCCUCAAUCAAUACCAUCUGAUCGGUCAGACUGAAGGGACCGAGGACAUCUACACCAGCCGAGGUCAAUACACCGUGAUGAUGGCUCACUUCUACCUGAAGAGGAAGAUCGGCUACUUCGUCAUCCAGACCUACAUGCCGUGCUUCAUGACUGUCAUCCUGUCGCAGGUCUCCUUUUGGCUCAACAGGGAGUCGGUGCCGGCGCGCACCGUCUUUGGUGUGACCACCGUGCUCACCAUGACCACCCUCAGCAUCAGCGCUCGCAACUCGCUGCCCAAAGUGGCCUACGCCACCGCCAUGGACUGGUUCAUCGCCGUGUGCUACGCCUUCGUCUUCUCCGCGCUCAUCGAGUUCGCCACGGUCAACUACUUCACCAAGAGGAGCUGGGCCUGGGAUGGAAAGAAGGCGAUGGAGGCCCAGCAGCCCAAGAAGAAGGACCAUUUGGCUCUGUCUAAAAAGCCCAACAACACCUGUUUGUCCGGCGUGAAUUACACGACCAACCUCACGAAGGACUCGUCCAUCUCUACCAUCUCCAACAGCACGGCUGUUCAGCUCAAACCUUCUGAGACCAAGGCCCCGGACCCCAAAAAGACUUACAACAGUGUCAGCAAGAUCGACAAGAUGUCCAGAAUCGUAUUCCCGGUGCUUUUUGGGACCUUCAACCUGGUGUACUGGGCCACGUAUCUCAACAGGGAGCCAGUGAAAAAAGGAGCAGUUUAAGAUCUUCUCAUCAUCAUGAAGACCACUUCAGGAUG